AUGUGGGCUUCGCCUGGUAUAUCUCUCACAACAGAGACCUUAUCGCUUGAAUUAUCAGUUCCUUGCUACAGACCAACCUGUGAAGGCGCACUCCUACCCGAAGCGCCUGACUCUUUCAUACUGCUCCCCUUCGCGUUCUUUCUUCAAGUGCUAUCUGUCGCAUCACACAUCGAUAAGGUUUCUCCAGUGCGGCUUCUCCUGUGACCUCGCCCCCCAAGCCAAAAAUAAAAGGGCAACACCAGUAUGUCUUGCUCAACUCACAGAAGGAGAGGAGUGACGCGGGACCUCCUGUCUGUUCUGCUCCUCUUCCACGUGUUCCUCAUGAUCCUGUCACUUACGCUGGCUGAAGAAAUCGAUAACCAGAAGAUGGCCCUAGUGCGGACCAUGAACCAGCGUAAGAAGAGCAUGUGUCUGCGCCAACUUGAGAGCACCACGUCCCUCGAGAUGCUGCUGAGGAUGUACGUGAGACCCAUAGGACCAGGGAACAACAGACUACAUAUCGCUGGCAGUGUUAAAGUUCCCACUGAAGAGCUGGAGGUUGGGGGAGACAGGGCAUCGCUUCACUACGAGUACACCUCUCUCGAUAAAGAACUCUACCUUAACGUGACGCUGAAUGGCAAACCACUGAGGUACAUUACCACUCGGUUCAUGUACCAUCUUCGCUACGACCUCAACGCCGUCAAGAUGUAUGUUAAGGGACGAGUGGAGAUAUUAGAUGGGGAGGAAUGUUCACAACCCGAGACCACCACCACCACCACCACCACAGUCAUGGUUUCAUCACAAGCCAACCACGCGGAGUCCUUCAGUAAAGAGCAUCGACAACACGACGAUGAGGACACAAUCCAGGUGCCUCUUCCCGCCGACAUCCCGUCAAGUCCCGCCGCCUCUACCAUGCCAGGCAGCGGAGAUACUACAUCAUGGAUCAUGGUAAUGGGGGCGGCAGGCCCAGUACCCCUCCUAGUCAUCGUAGUGGUUCUGCUGGUGUUGCUGGUGGUGGUGGUGGUAAGUGUCUCUGUCAUCCUCUGGCGCCGAAGAAAAGCAGCUGAUAACACCUCAAAAAACAAGGAUGAAUUUGCUGCAUGUCAACACCCACUCAUGCCACAGACCACAAAUAUUGGACCUUCUAUGACCUCACAAGCGGACCAGUUCUCCAGCAAUGAUAUGAAUGUGAACCCUGUAUAUAGAUCUCCUCCACCUCCUCCUUCUCUCAACUACUAUAGUGAAUGAGAAAACUUAUGACAGACACAAAUAGCAAAUAAUGAAUGAUCCCCCCCAAAAAAAUAACUGCCAUGUAAAGUUGGAGUCUCUGAAAACUAAUUUUACUCUACAUUAAAGGUAGAUUUCAGUAAGUUUUCAAACAUGUAACUGUUGUCUUUACAUGCCAAACUGUGAAAGGUUUCCUGUUGGUCAAAGCUGAUCCAGGACUUUCACUACGGCAGCCUCUCCUGCCUGAACAGCUGAGCCUCCACAGUGAGUUAAAAAAAAAUUAUAUAUCAAUAUAAAAGGAACACUGCAGACUGGUGGCCAAAACACCUAACCUUCCUGUAGUGAACCAUGAAAGAAGGGACUUACAUGACAAACCAAUGAGAAAGGCCUAUUCCAUGAUUCAUAUGGUGUUUUUUAAUGACAAACAAAUGUGAAAGGCCUAUUCUAUGAUUCAUAUUAAGAUUAGGUAAUGAUACUUUUAGUGAUCAUCACAGGAAUAAAGCUACAGAUAUCCGUUAUGGUGAAGCUAGGUAGCUGUUAUGAUAGUGGUGUGAAUAUAUAUUUUUACAAGAUGUAACACUUAAGUAAGUUGAUUAUAUCCUUUUUUUUUCUCAAUGUAUGCUUAAAGUAUAUUUUACUGCAGGAUUAUCAUUUCAAUACAAAUUUUCUACAUUUA